AUGCGUCGAGAGAAAAUGUCAACAACAUGCCGGCGACUUCCAGAGAGACAGAGACCGAGGCUGCCGCUGCAGGGGCGGACAGACAGGGACAGCCCGGAGACCAGGUGUCUCACAACGUCGUGUCUGUCCUAUCACAGCUCGCAGAUGAUCAUUUGACUCUUGUGCGGAACAUAAGCACUGGGCUGGCGAUUGCUGGUGUUCUGAUAAUUGCAAGAAACAUCAAACUGAUCACCAAAUUUCAAGCUGCGUCUGAGAUCCCGGCUCUUUUCAUCGAGAGGAACGUCAGCCUUCGUGGGAAAGUUCACUCCAUCACAGAGAAAGGACUUGAAGUGGAGCAUGUCCCGAUUCAUCUGCCGGUCCUCUCAACACUACUUAACAAACACAAGGGUGCGUCCAGGUCUCCAUUGCUGGUGCAUCUUGCCGGAGUGGAGCUGACACCAGAGGGGAGGGACUGGCUGCAGAAGAACCUGGCCCCCGCCCAAACAGUCUGGCUAAAACUGAUCAGCCGCGAGGACGACACACUGCACUGUUUGGUGUCUCAAAGCAGGGGGUCGUUAUGGAGCUACUGGGUGAACGAAGAGGUCCUGAAGCUCGGCCUUGCUCGCAGGGGGCCCAUCGCGGUCCGGCCUGACUCUCGCCUCCACUGGCGUCUCCACAAACGGCUGCACAGGGCAGAGAUCAAGGCCGAGAAGAAGGGGCGGGGUUUUUGGAAGGAGGACAGCCGAUGGGAGAGGGCGUCCAAGGCCGUGAGGGACAGUGCUUUACUCCGACUGAUGAACAGGAUCUUUAAAAGGUCUUGACUGAUUGAUCCAGGACAGAGUGGAACAAAAGUCAAUUGUGUCUCAAGUUCUGAUGUCAUCAGAAUGUGACGUCAGUCUAUUUAUGGACUCAUAUAACGGAGUUCCUGUUCUGUUCAUAAAGUGUAAAAAGGAAGUUCAGGCCGCUUUGUUUGGGAAGAUUUACUCGGCUGUCCUGUGGGAUAGAUGCACUUUUAAGGCAAUGAAAGAUAUAUUAAUUUGCCUGAUAUCACAAAGUUGAUUUCUUUUGACUGUCAUCUUUUUCAUAUAAAAAUGUUUGUUUGAAA